AUUCACUGCGUUCACAACUUCAUGAUUGUUGUGCACGGCAUUUGUUUGCGCUGAAGUUCGCUUCCAGUCAGACCGAAUCUCGUGUCCUGUCCUAGUGGCGGUCUGUCCGCGGAUCGUUUCAAUCUUUUCAAUUCCUGGAGUCUUCGUCAAUAGCAAAUCUCGGACUAUUUUCUGUUGCCUGUUCACUGGUGGUCAGACCCGACGCUCCCAGCAUGAAACAUGCUCUAAUCUCCGACUCAAUAACGAGUCUUGGUUCAGUCAGGUUAGACUGUUUAUAACAGGAGAAUCUAGAGUAGUGGUUCUGACAACGACAAGAAGCUGCUGUAAAUUACGGAUUUUUCAAGUUGCUGUUGAUCCAAGAAUUCUGUGAAGAUGGGGUCCCUAAGCUUGACCUGUCCCAUGUGCUGCGGAGAGACUUUCAACAACUCCGAGUCUCUCAAGUAUCAUUUGCUGAGCAUUACAGACAACCUGUACUGUCCUGGAUGUUCGAUCAGGACUUACUCUAUGGCUGCGUUGAUACAGCAUCUAGAUUGUUGUGGAAAGCAAGAGGAGCCAGAGGAGCAGCAGAAGCUCCGGGAGGUUAUGACCGAUCAAACUGAAAAUAAUGAGAAUGCUGCAGAAGGAUCUAACAUUUUGAUACAUGAUAUGCCUGACAACGAUGAGGAUACAAUUAAUGACAGUUUUUUAGCUACAGUUAAUGAAGAAGGAAUAAUGAUUGUGGGUGAGGGAAGAACUAUACAAGUUGAUGAAAAUGGUGAUAUUCAAGUCCUAGAAAAAGGGACUCCAAUAAAUAGUCAAAAAUCUAAUGAUAUAGAUAAUAGUAUAAAACAAGAUAACUAUGAAGAUUCUGAGACAUCCAAUCUCAGACCUGAAGAGACAAAUUUGGAAGGAAAUAGUUGUACCUCAAAUAUGCCUGACACUUCCGAGUUAUUGAAUGAUAAUAGCAAUGAAUUUAUGGAAAUGGUUGAUGGUGAUAUGCCGUUUGAAAAUCAUGAAAUGCUUGGAAUCAAAAAGGAACAUGAUCAAUCAGAUGAGAAAGAGCAAGAAGAUGCAGAAAGUGAAGUAAUGUACAGUUGUAGUACAUGUGGUAUGAGUUUUGCUUCUGUAUUGGAUCACAUCAAAGAAUAUCAUGACGGACAAGAAGUUGUAUUAGAAAUGGCAGAACAACAAAUUGAUGAAAUAGCUGCAACAACAGCAGCACAGAACAUUGAUGAAUCCCCUGCUGAUGCAAAUGCAUCAGAAGAAACAACAAAUAAUGCUACAACAAAAGCUAAUUCAUCAAAACAGAGACAAGCUAUGAAUACAUUAAAGACCGAGGAAUGUAUUGACAGUGAUGGUAGAUUAUAUACUAGAAAGGUUGUGCAAAUUGAAAGAUUUUGGGACAGGACUCCAGUAACUCUCUCAACAACCAAAGCUCCUAUGAUUGAAAAGUUUUUCUCUAAUGUUGAAGGAGUCAAGGUUCGGGACAAAAGCGUAACGGUCGCUCCAACUCGAAUGUACAGAUGCAAUCAGUGCUUGGAGCAGUUCGCCAAAUUGAGCGAUUUUCGCAUUCAUGUGUGCCUUCAGGGAGCCCAUCGUUGUGAUAAGUGCGAACAGACGUUCGCCACGCCAAAAGCACUGCAGAUACAUAUUAAGCAGUCACAUCUAAUAGAUCCAAGCGAGAUUCCAUCACAAAAUCUGUUUUUGUGCACAGUCUGCGGAACCGAGUUCCUGACGCACAAGAGUCUGCGACUGCACUCGCGAAUGCACGCACCCGUGAGAUCGAGACAUGUUGACGCACCUGUGGGCACUGGGGAGGAAACGUUCGAUUGCAAUGAAUGCGGUGCCACAUUGUCAGAGUCGUACAGGUUGGCUCACAUGGCUUUGCAUGCUGGUGAUCCAAUAACUUGCCACGUCUGCAACCGCAAGUUUGAUUCAAAAGAGAGUUUAAACAUGCAUGCUGCAGUGCACUUAGAAAUCCCUAUGAAUUCGAACAGUGGAGCGGCAAACAGUGCUGCUAUGGCAUUGGCAGCUGCUAACGAGAUGAUCAUCUCCACGACGGAAGAUCCGACCGAUCCCAUAUUUGUCAGCACCGGUAUUACUCCUGCUAAGACUACACAGGUUAAUACCAUGGCGUCAACGUCGUCAACGGUGACGACUACAACAGCAACGACGACAACAACCGAUUCAGCCGAGCUGCAAAAUCAAAAGCCUUAUCAGUGCCAGCAUUGUGGGCGCAGGUUCACGAGACCUCACGAGAAAGUCAAGCAUGAGAGAAUACAUACGGGGGAAAAGCCACACUCUUGCGAGGUUUGUGGCAAAAAAUUCCGAGUUUCUUAUUGUUUAACUUUACACAUGAGAACGCACACGAAUGUUCGUCCCUACGAGUGUCAACACUGCGGCAAGCGAUUCAAAGCUUCUUCUGUCUACAACCAUCACUUGUUGACCCACGGCGAGGAGCGCGCCUAUACCUGUCCUUACUGUCCAAAAACGUUUAAAACGCGAGUACAGCUGGCUGGGCAUAAGAAUAGUCAUACCAAGCCGUUCCGAUGCACCGAGUGCUCAAGGCCGUUUGCUUCGCUCUAUGCUGCACGAGCUCAUAUCCAAACCCAUAAACAAGACAACAACCUCAAGUUUAGUUGCAACAUAUGCGGAGCUUCCUACGGGCGUGCCUUUGCUUUAAAAGACCAUGUAAAACAGCACGAAAGGGAGAACACACUCGUGCCACCUGAAGCUACUCGAGAAGAAGAGGUACAGGAGGUUGAAAGUUUUUUGUUGCCAACAGUUGAAGCGGUGGAAGAUGACGAGCUUAUAGUGCCAUCGCCUCCCGCUUGUAACGAUCCAAUGGACGUUGAGUUAGUAGAAGAGGUGUGAAGAUACUGUUUCGAAUGUUGCGCUUGACAAAAAGUUGAAACACCCCAAUUAACUGUUUUUUAAGUCUGCUACGCGGUCAAACAUUGAUAGCACUAUGGAGGUUCUUAUAUUUUAAGUUUUACCUAAGUUUUAACCAGAAAAUUUUCGAGAAAAAGCCAACUGCAUAUAUUAGCGAUACGACGUUAUCGGAUAAAUAUUAUAUGACAGCCAUUUGGAUUCGUUCUUGUUCGAUUUUGCGUUUAUCAACUGUGCAUUUUCUUUCAAUUUGAAAUUGAGCGUUUCUUAACAAUUAUUACUGGUUUGACUCUUAUGCAUCCAUCACAGCUAUUCUCAAGCAAAAUUCACGCAAGUGCCGCUAUCUGAUAUUGUAGAAUACAGAGAACGUUGCAGGAAGCAUUUGCGUAAAAACACUGAGAAAUCCAUGCAAGUGUUCUUGAGUCUUGAUUUUUCAAUAGUUGCUUAAUUAACAUAGUUUAUAGUUUUAUUUUUCUAAUUAAUUUAGUUGAUACAAUAGGUUAGUCAAGGUUCUAGAAAGAAUAAUUUAUUUAUAUCUAGCAUAUAGUAUAUUAUUAAAUGUCCAUACGUUUGUACUGUCUAAAUUUAUUAAUCAUGGAGUGUUCAAAAGGAAUGCAAAGAGCAAGUUUAGCUUCCAAUAAAAAUCUUGAGAAAUACCGUUUAGCGACGAAACUUUAUUGAGUAUCAAGUUUUGCGACUGACGUGCAAAAUGAUGUGGAGUACAAAAUCACGUUAUUUAGUGCAAUAGUUUAAGCUCUUCCUAUUUACAAAUCACGUAAAUAGGUUUGGAUAACUGUAUAAAUACAAUAUCUGUAAUGCAUCAAUGAAUGUCUUGAAAAACGAAAGGAAAAUAUCUGUAAAUAUUGUCGCAUUUUUAUCACUGUAGUCUAUCAUACACGUAAGCGUGAAAUGAUAAAUUUAAGGGUUAUAGACAUUUUUUUUAGAAAUCACUAAAAAUAAUGCAUACAGUUGUACAUUUUAUGAAAUGGCCAUUCAUAAUAUAUUGUUAUUAAUUUAGAAUUACAAAUUUUAAGAAAAAUCUACCAGAAUCUCGACCGAAUAACGUUCGAAUGAACCACGAACGCAAAACAAUCAGAUUGUUUCUUAUCAGUUUCUGAUCAAAGUUUUCAGUUAGAUAAAUAAGAUUUGUACAAAAAAAGCGAGUCGGCGUUGUACAAAUCACGAGAAAUCGAUACUUUACCACGAAAACUAAUCGUCGAAACUCGCACCACACGUGUGUCGUUUCCCGGCACGUGCGAUCACUCUCACUACUACGCACUGCGAAGCAAAAUAAGCAAGAGAAGCUCGUCACGUUAUGCAAAUAAAAAAAUCUGUUCUAUUGAA